UUCCCUUCUUAUUCUUCUUUCCUCCAACACUCUCUCACUCCACACCUUUCAACGACCUAGCCAUUCUCCAUAUAUACCACAACCCUCCUUUUCUUUCUUCAUUUCUCUCAACAAAGUUAUCUCUUUUCAGCCAUUACACUGCAACCGUAAAAUGGGUUUAGAUGGUAUUUCUAAUACAGGCCUAGUUUUAGGGUUAAGUUUUUCAUCAAAGGUGGAGACUUCUCCUUUGAAGACAGAUAAUCCCAAGAAGCCAUGUCCAAAGUUUACUCAGUUGGCAAAGACUAAAAUAAGUUUUGAGCCAUUGCUGACUUUGAGCCUCUCCGGUGAGCCUUAUGAUCAAGUAGCUAAAAAGACUGAUGAGAACAAGGUUUGUAAUGAUCAGUCUGGUGAUUUAUAUUGUCAAGACAGUGCUGCUUCGUCCUUCUCUAAUGUCAGUGUAAAGAGGGAGAGGGAGAUCGGCGGGGAAGAGGUAGAAGUGGAGAGAAAUAUUUCAAAAGUAAGUGAUGAAGAUGAUGGUGUUAUUAAUGGAAGAAAGAAGCUUAGACUGACCAAAGCACAAUCUGCCCUUCUAGAGGAAAGCUUCAAACAAGACAGCGCCCUCACUCCUAAACAAAAGCAAGAGUUAGCGAGGGAGAUAAAGCUGAGGCCUCGACAAGUUGAAGUUUGGUUCCAGAACAGGAGAGCCAGGACAAAGCUCAAGCAAACAGAAGUGGACUGUGAGUUCUUCAAGACACGCUGUGAGACACUAACCAAUGAGAACAGAAGAUUACAAAAGGAAGUACAAGAACUAAAAGCACUAAAACUAGACCAACCCUUCUACAUGCAGUUGCCGGCGACGACCCUCACCAUGUGUCCGUCCUGCGAAAGGAUCGGUGGCGGCGUCGGUGUUAGUUCUUCGAAGAGCGCAUUUACUAUGGUUCCAAAGCCUCACUUCCAUAACCCCUUCGCUAAUCCAUCAGCUGCUUGUUGAUUUGUUAGCAGGGCUGGCGCUAGGCAUAGGAUAAGGUGGCUGCAUAGGGCCUCAAAUUUUAGAG